GGACGGACGAAACCGGAGGGACAAGUAAAUAUGUGCGGCUAUAAAAAGAGGCGGUGAGGUCAUUGCUUUUACUGGCUUAGACCCACGAGUCCGCAAGCACCGCAAUGAAGUUGUUACUGUUGGCUUUAAGCGUUACACUGCUGCUUGCUGCAGGUGAAGCUCUAAACUGCCAUCGCUGCACGCCAACAGUGGCUGGCGGGGAUUGCGAACUCACCGUGGAGACGUGUCCACCUGCGAAAGAUGGCUGCGCCACCGCCCAGUUCCGCCGGGAACCAUAUGGCCACUACCAGAAGUGCAUGGCCAUGAGUGACUGCCAGAUGCUGAAGAUGAACGCUUUCAUCAACAUGACGUGUUGUAGCAUCGACAUGUGCAAUACUCGCUAAUUGAUUUAUAUAAAGAAAUAAAAAGCAUGACACUACAGACAUGAACAUGAAAUAAACUACCGCAAAUGUUUACCAUAUACCUAUAACUAUUAUUAUACUUGUAACUAUAUCUAGCCUAUACCAUAAAUCCUUACUUAUUUUAUCCAGUUACUGAUAUGAAGUACAUAAACUUGAAUUAACUUGCUUAAUAAAGUACCGUAAUUUUUGGACCAAAAGCCGCUACUUUUUCACCACUCUGAAUCCUGCAGCUUAUAGUCCAGUGCGGCUUAUUUGUUGAUUUAUUUGUGUUAAUAGAUACACUUUAUUUGACAGCGGCAUCAUAAGACUGCAAUAAGACCGUCAUAAUCAUGACAUGACACUAUCAUGGGCAUUAUGAAUGCUUAUGCCCAUAAACGGAUUUUAAGGGGAGGCAGGCCCCCCCGGUGGCCGAAAAGUGUCAUUGCAUGUAUUGACUUUCCUAUAUAAAUAUGUAAAAUUUGUAAAGCAAUAAAACAGCAACAAAAAUGAAUGAAAUGAACAAAAAAAUAUAUUUUUAUAAUGGGUCAAAAUUAUUUUACGAACACAUCAUGUGACUAGCAACUUAGACGGUCAUUUGCUUUGCAUCAGCCCCCCCCCCCC